AUGUCCUCGUAUUUACAACAUUUUAAUAGAGAAUUUUUUUUCGAAGAAACCAGCGAAUUGACAGUGGUACAAAGUGUUCGUCAUAAAAGAGCCAAAUAUUAUUUUAAUGAAUUGUCCAGUGAAUAUUCUAUGAAUUUAACAGAUAUGAAAAUUAAAUUGGAAGAUGUUCAUUACAAUUAUCAUCACGAUUUUGCUUAUUUUAAUAUAAUGUUUAUUGAUUCAUAUGAAAGUUUUCGAAUAAUCGAUCCGGGACCCAAAACUGCCACUGAAGAUUUCAGUGAAUUUUAUUUGAUUAUAUUAUAUUCCAUUAGCAAACAUCCCGAAAAAGAAAUACAACAAAUAUUUGAUUAUUGUUGGUCCUAUUAUACGGUUAAUGUGGCUCUUUUACUACAAACUCAGGAAGAAAAUCCGAUAUUGUUAUACACCUAUUAUCCUUUUACAUCGAAGUUUUGUCAUCGUGUUCAAUUAUAUAUAAUCAAUCAUAAUAAAUCCAUAACAGAUUUGAAAGGUUUUGAGUUAUUUCCCGAUAAAUUUCAUAAUUUUCACAAUUGCACUUUAAUGGCUGCUUUGUGGAAUGUACCGCCAUAUUUGACUCUGCCAAAAAGAGGACAGAGUGGAGGAGAAAUGGAAGGCAUGGAAGGCUUUUUAUUAAAUGUUUUAGCUAAGGUUUUAAAUUUCAGAAUUGCCUACAUAACACCACCCAAUAAUGAACAGCGGGGGUUAGUGAAACCAGACGGCACGAUAACAGGAGCCAUAAAAAUGCUAAAUAAUCGUGUAGCUGAUUUAAGUUUGGGUUCUUUUCGCUGUACUCUGGAACGUUCUACUGCCUUAAGUCCCUCAAUGACAUUUUACCAAACUAUGCAAGUGUUUACAGUGCUAGCUUUACGUCAACCUUGGACCAGUUUUGAAAUUAUAGCCUAUCCUUUUGAUUUUCAUAUUUGGCUAGUGUUAUUAGCCCUAAUGCUAUUUCUACUUAGUUCUCCUCAUAUAUUAGAUCAUUUACGUCACAAAACAUUAAAAUUUAUUUAUGGCUUUAGUUCACCCAAUUUUAUCAAUAUCAACGUUAUAGCUUUAACCUUGGGACAAACGGCCAACUCUUUACCUCAACGCAAUUUUGCUCGUUAUAUCUUAUUUAUGUGGAUUUUAUUAACAAUGAUUUUACGUUCAAUAUAUCAAGGUUCUUUAUAUGAUUUUCUUAAAUCACAAAAGACAUUAGCACCACCCGAUACUACAGCCGAAUUAACCGAACGUAAAUAUCAACUUAUUUUGAAUAUGGCAACUGGCGAUUCGUUUUCGGGCAUACAAAUUAUACGUGAUAAACUAAUAGAAGUUUUAAUUAUGAAUAUAAGUGAUGCCGGUGGUUUUCCCCUAUUGGAAGCAAAUCCCCAAAAACGUUAUGUAACCGGUACUCCCAAGGAUUUUCUUACAUACUAUGUUAAUACUCACGAUAAAUAUGGUGUUUUUCAUGUUCUAAAAGAAACUAUAUUUUCCCAACAGUUGUGCAUGUAUUUUACGAAACAUUCGUAUUUAGUGGAGCCAUUCAAUCAUGUUUUACAAAAUUUACGUAGUUUUGGUUUAAUCGAUUAUUGGGCUGAACUGGUGUUGGAUGAUCGUUUUCUGGAAGAAGUGGAUGAAGUGUCGACAGAAACUCCCCUUACUCUGGCUCAGUUAUCGGGAACGAAACCUACAAAACUGUAA